AUGUCUAACGAAAGUAGCUCGCAGUACGAAAAUUCGAUUUCAUCGGGGGAGACCCCCAAUUUCAAGGCUCAUUCGGCAAGUGUUGAAGAUUUUAUUCUUAAAAGUAAUACAGCUGGGAAGGCGAAGAGGACCGGCGAGUCUGAAGUUAAAAGGUCAAAAUCAUUUUCCUUCUGGAAUAAGUCAUACAGGAAAAAGAAGAUGAAAAAGGUAAGUACAGAGACAGAAAUAGGUGAGAGUCAAGAUGAUGUCAAGUUAUCGGUUUAUUUUUCUUCGCCAUUAGAAGAACUAAAUAUUCAGAAUCAAGAUUGUAUAGUCAGUGAUGACAAAGGACUGCCAGAUGGUACUCAGUCAGUCAACUUUCUUGAUUCUGGUGAGAUUGAAAUUCAAAGAUUCUCUACUGUCAAGCGUAAUAAGAGGGACUUGAAGGGGAUUGAAAGAAUAAACGCAAUAUCACCGCUUACUGGUGCCUCAAUCCUCCUGCCACUUGGGACUCCAAGUACACCAUUUUACUCCAAAAAUAGCCCCAGCCCAUUGAUGAACAGCUUAGAAAAUGUAGAAAGAAUGUACGACGCAUAUUCCUUCGAACCUGAGAAAGAGAGUACAUCUCCAGAGGUACAAAAUAACAGAAGCACUAUUAAUACCAAUAACAACGAAAGGACAAAUUCAAGGAAAAGGUUCAUUUUAGUUACUUUACUUCUAGUGCUUAGCCUUCUCAUUAUUGUGGGCUCAUUUGUUACUGCAGUAGUCAUCUUAUCCCAAGGAACUGAAUCCACUGUUAAAACGUAUUUCCAAAAUGCAAAUCUGUAUGAGAGGUAUUCCUUACUUUCAAAUUUGCUAAAAACUUAUAACUUUCAACUUCUUAGUGAGAAUGAAAGGGAUGAAAGGGAUGAAACGCAAGUUAAUUCAGAUUUAUUAUAUAAAAAGUCAAAAAUGGCAGAAGGAGGCAAAUUGAAUGGAUUCAAUACUUUCGAAGGGAUUUCAGACAAGUAUAAAUCAGAUUUAGAAAUAAGAGAUUUGAUGGUUAGUGAUUCUUUUCCAGUCGGUAGAUCUAUUUUCUAUGGACUUGCUUAUUCUCCAAGAGGAGCAAUGGAGCCCCAAUGCCAAGUCAGUAAACGGGAGGUCCUAUUGGAUAUGGCAGUAUUGUCUAAAGUAACCUGUAGAAUUAGAAACUACGGUAUGCAGUGUAAACAGAGUGAAUACAUACUUGAUGCAAUUCAGGAGUUGAACUUGAAUAUGACGCUAUCAUUAGGGGUUUGGAUAGGAGAAAAUGAAGUAGUAAACCAAAAUCAAAUGUCAGAGUUAAAACGUAUCUUAAAAAAGUACCCAGUGCAUUUAUUUGAAUCCAUUUACAUCGGAAAUGAAGUUCUCUUUAGACAAGAGCAAACUACUGAGAAAUUAGUCGAGUAUAUUCAAGAAGCAAGAAAUUUUGCUGCUUCCUUGGGGUACGCUGACUUGUCGGUGGGCACAUCUGAAAUUGGAUCUCUUAUUAGUAAUGAACUCAUUGAACAUACUGAUGUUAUUGGUGUAAACAUUCACUCAUUCUUUGGUGGGGUUGGAUCAGAGAGAGGUACCAGAUGGACAUUUGAUUUCUUGGAUAGCCAGAUUUUACCUAUAGUAAAUGGGAAAAGCAAAAUCGUCAUUACCGAAGUUGGGUGGCCCUAUGCUGGAGGUAAGUACAAGUCUGCGGUUGCUAGUCCUUCAGAUUUCCUGCAAUUCUUACACCAGUUUGUAUGCCAGGCUUAUAAAAAUGGCUAUGGUUGGUACUAUUUUGAAGCCUUCGACGAGCCUUGGAAAGAGGUAUUCUAUGAAGGUGAGAAUAAAUGGGAAACUGAAUGGGGAGUAUUCACGAAUGAUAGGAAGUUAAAGGGAAGCAUUGAAUUUAACGAAAUGAAUUGUUAA